ACACAUCAUGAGCUUGGGCAUAGGAAAAUCAGAUCUACAAACCAACCAGAAUGAAUUUCUUUGUGAGGAUGUGGAUUGUGUGGAUAUAAUCUGUCCACAUUGUUAGCUCAAAUUUCGUAAUUCUGUGUCCGUAAAAAACCUAGUUUGAAUUCUCAACUCCCUCCUGUUCCGAUGUCGACCUAUCACUAGCAAUUCAAUACAUGUCAACAAAAAUGGAUGUCACCGAAAUGCGAAAUGAUUGAUCCCUAAUCCCGUCCAUCACGAGUCUUCCACGACCUCAUCAUGUCCGAAUCGGACAAGUUUGACCAGUUCCCCUUGACACAUCCCCGGACCGUGGAUUGGGAGGCCGAAGAUUGGCAGUCCAACCUCCUGGAGCAACUCAAUGCCAUCACCGUCAACUUCGCCACUGGCGAAAUCAAAAUGGAGCCGCUAGCGGGGCACGCCGAGCCGCCCGUGGACCCUCACGAGCCUCAACGGGAUCCCGCUAGCAGCCCCCCCAAGGAAGACGCCGCUGGUCCCAGUUCACCAAUCAAAGCCGCCGCCACAUACCCGCCCCCUGUCGCCUUAGCCCCGACAGAGUUCAUAUCGGAUACCAAUGCUAGCUUGCGCGAGAUCCACGUGUUCAAUCUGCCCAAUCAAAGCAAUAUCUAUGGCUUGUCUCAAGUGAAUCAUGAGAUCGGCUCCAAGUUGUUGGUGGGAUGUUUGGACUUGCCCGUGUUUCUCUUUGAGUUCAUGUGCACGAAUGGCAAUAUGCUGGAGCCUAACCAUGUGAUCGAGCCUUUGGGUCAAGAAUUGGCCUUGCAUAUGGUCAUGCCCAAGCCGGGCUGUAUUUUGGCGGUGGAUAGCUUCGGCAAGACCACCCAUCGCCAAGCUUACGUUAUAGGUGUUUGCUGCGAAGACGAAGUGGAUGCCAUGCCCAAGCAUAAUUCGCAAAUCCGUGAGCACUUCUUGCAGGUGUACAGCUCUCCGCGGGAAGAACCCGGCAACAUCGACGAGUUGGAUUUGGCGACUCUUCAACUACCUUAUGCCCCCUUUCAUUUGAGCCAUUGUAGCAUCCCAUUGCAUAAUCCAAAGUUCCCGGAUGUGUGUGAGACCUUGUUCGUGCUCACGGGUUCCGAUAAACGGGUUCACGCGAUCGUCGAGAAUCGCGUUGAUCAGAUCUGGACGGAGAUCGCUGUUGAGCGGUACUUUCCCGAGUUGAAAGGCCAAUUCCCAUCGGUGCCCUAUUGGGUGGAUUUCAUGUAUUUGGAUCCUUGCUACAGCCGUCGAUUAACGGCGGUUGGAUGCGGUUGCGGGACCUUGUUUGUCCAUCUGAUGGACACGAGGGAAUCCCCGCCCAUUAUCCUACAUUCCUGGAAGAAGGUGGUAGGCGAAGGUCAGAUUGUCAAAGUGCAAUUCCUCUCCUCGGAAUUGUAUCAAGAGCGUAUUAAAGUACCUCGGGAUCUCUUGGAACGCGUUCGUCCCGACAUCAAUAUGGACAUGACGGAAUACGACUUCGAGAAGUUCUCGGAUGUUCCACCCGUUCAUUUGUUGGUGGUGAAUUCCUUCUCGCCAAGCAAGAUUCUCAAGGACGUGGUGAGGAAUGGCGUGGCUGAGGAGGAAGAUUUAUGUCAGAGCAACGAGUUUGACCUCCAAACCUCGGCCACUGUCCUCGAUAUCGACUUGGAUGGGCGUUUGGAGUUUGUCAUCGGGACCUAUGGAGGCCGGCUUCUCGCCUACAAAGAGAAUCUGAGCACCCAUGUGUGGGAAGUGUUGUGGAUCCGGACCCUCGGUCAUUCGAUUAUGGCCGUGGAUCAUGGCGAUAUGACAGGGGAUGGGGCUCAGGAACUGAUCGUCAUGACCCGUAGCUAUGUGCAAAUACUUCAACAUGAGCCUAAGCUCUUGAAAAAAUUGAGACUGAAACGCUUGAAAGCGCUUUUGAAGAACACUCAACACAACGUGGUGGUUUAUGAGGAUAAUCAGCAAUUAGAUUGCUCCAGAUCUUAACCAUAGCUUUCAUGGAUUGUUCCCAAAUCAUGCAUCAAAAACGGACUGGCUUGUGUUAUGUUUAUAUUUUGAUAAGGUUACAUUUUUACUCAUAAUUGGGAGACGCAAAAUGAAUCAUGCUCAAGUUCA